AUGGUAUCGAUCAGAAGAGAUUCUACACCAAUCUCUCCGUCAACACCCGUGUCAGAUCCCUUUAUUCCUACUGGAGAGAUACCACUACGGAUUCUGCCUGUUAAAGUACGCGUCGCAAUCCAGACCAUGAAGGCAGCCACGGCUCUGGUACCAGACCACGCUUCGGCCGAUCUUUCACGAGCUGAAGGAAAUCGCCUACACGAGAGACUUGCGGAACAUCUAACUGGAUCCAUCCAAUUGACGACACUGGCUGACUGCUACAAGAAGUGUUCUACAACGGUACUGCUUCUUCAUCGUCCCCUUAACACACCAAUUUUGAAGGGGAUUCGACGAGGUGACACCGUGUCGCCAAAGCUGUUUACUGCCUCCUUGCUGUGGGUGAUGAGAUCACUGGAUUGGAACGAAAGUAUACGAGUUGAUGGGAGAUUCCUCGCGAACCUUCGUUUUGCAGAUGACAUUGCUCUCUUCUCGAGGAAUAUCACUGGAGAGGAGAUGAUGUUGGAAGAUCUAAACGAAGUAGGGAAGCGGAUAGUACUGCAAAUUAAUCGGAAAAACUCAUUUCAUUGAGA